AUGGCAGGGUUGAGAAUCUUCCACUCUCUCCUCACUAAACUAGUGAUCGGCAUGUUCAUACUUGCGACUUCCGUAUUAUCUCAUGCCUUCCCAAAGGCACCUACCCUUGCACCGUUACCAGUCCAGGCCAUUCAUGCAACUCUCCUAAACAUCGAUCCUACUGCCCAAGACAUAUCUCGAGCGGUCCGCUCAAAGGAAUUGGUCAAGGAUUUCACCGAAGAAGAGACUGGGAAGAAGCUCAAGAGUUCGAACCGCUUGUCCAUCGGAAUUGUAUUUGGUAUCCUGGGAGCAGUAGCGAUCGCAAGCUCGUACUUCGCUUGGCGUCAUGAGCGCAAGGAAAAGGAGUCGAGGAAGGCCCUUCAGAGAUUGCGAAAGCUGUGGAAGCAUUCAAUACGCAGGAAAAAGACUCCUAUGCCCGUUAAGUCCCCUGAGCAUGACUCUACGGAAACCAGCAUCGACAUAGAAUACUUCUGCCGCGAGCAUGGAACCACGAACAAUGCAGAUUCCAAUGACAAUGGACGACUUGGCAGCUCUGGGAAUGGAUUCUUCAGACUAUACAGAAGUAACAUCAGUCCUGGGAUGAGGAGAAACGCAGUUCAAACUGUUUGA